AUGAAGAUUAUCGAUGAUGAACAUGUCCUUCGGGAAGGAUUCCACCAUUUCGAAGAAGCCGACAUCAGCGGAUACGAUGUAAUUCUGGGUAUGCCAUGGUUGCAAGCUGCGAACCCCGACAUUGACUGGGUGCGAAGAUGCUGGACCUAUAGGAAAGCGUCAAAUAUUAGCCAUGUGCACCUAGAUACCGCUAAGGAAUUUGCAACUUUAAUGGACGACAGCAACAUUAUAUUUGCCGCCUUUCCAUUGCGAGCUGCGCACGCAGCGACUGAGCCAAAUAUCCCGGAUGAUUAUAAGGAUUAUCUUGAUGUAUUCCGAGAAGAUAUACCUGACGCGGAACACGCACCCCACGAUCAUGCCAUAGAUCUCAAACCUGGCAAGGAACCACCGUACCGACCGAUAUAUAACCUGUCACCUCAAGAACUCUCCGUCCUCCGAGAAUAUAUCGAAAAGGCAUUAGAGAAGAAUUGGAUACGCCCGUCCAAGAGCCCAGCCGGUGCCCCAGUAUUAUUCGCACCGAAGAAAGACGGAACCCUGCGUCUUUGCGUAGAUUAUCGAGGGUUGAACGAAAUAACAGUCAAGAAUCGGUAUCCGCUGCCCCUGAUAAGUGAAAUACUCGAUAGAUUAGCAGGUGCCAAAAUAUACACACAAUUGGAUCUUAGGGACGCGUAUCAUAGAAUCCGCAUACGAGCGGGGGAUGAAUGGAAAACGGCAUUUCGAACACGAUACGGACACUUUGAGUAUCUGGUUUUACCCUUUGGGCUAACUAACGCCCCUGCGACCUUCCAAUCUUAUAUCAACAAAGCCCUCAGUGAUAUUUUGGACGUAUAUUGCGUGGCUUAUCUUGACGAUAUCGUAAUCUAUUCGAAUACGCUUGACGAACACGUCGCCCAUGUUAAGAAUGUGCUGGAACGUUUAAGGCGAUGGAGACUAUAUGUGAAACUUAGUAAGUGUACGUUCCAUGCAACAGAAAUUGGAUUUCUGGGUUUUGUGAUUACCACGCAGGGCAUCACUGUCGAAAAACGCCGCGUCGAUACGAUCCUAGAUUGGCCUGAACCGCGAACAAUAAACGAGCUGCAAACAUUCCUAGGAUUCGCCAACUUCUACCGACGAUUCAUAUACAAGUUCUCGAUAAUAACGGCACCCCUGACUGAGUUGCUAAAAGGAUACGAAACAAAAAAGGGGAAGAACAACGCACCUGUCCAACUGAACGAGAACUGCAAGCACGCAAUACUGCAGUUAAAAGAAUGCUUUACAAAAGCACCGUUGUUAGUUCAUUUUGAUCCGCAGCGAAAACUCCGUAUAGAAACGGACGGAUCUGGCGUUGCAAUCGCCGCAGUAAUAUCGCAAUUAAUGGAUGAUGGUCACUGGCACCCGAUCGCGUUUUGGUCCAGAAAACUCACAGAAGCAGAAAGACGUUAUCAAACAUAUGAUUUAGAAAUGUUGCCGAUUGUAGAAGCUUUCAGGCAAUGGCGCCACUACCUACAUGGUAGCAGGCACCCAAUAGUUGUUUUAUCUGACCAUGCCAACCUCCGGCGCUUCAUGACGACGAAGCAGCUAAAUGGGCGUCAGAUUCGUUGGAUGCAAAUGCUCUCAGCGUUCGAUUUUGAAAUUGAGCACCAUCCUGGGAAAAAUAAUCCCGCAGAUGCACCAAGUCGUCGCCCAGAUUAUAUAAAACACGCAGCUCCCUUGACGGGGCUCCCUACCCUGCAAGAGAAGCUGCGUAAGGGGAUCUUUAAGUCACUAAAGACAAAAGAAAACACAAAGUUAGACCAAUGUGUCAAGAUGGUGCGAAAAAAUCUGCAAGUUAAAGAAAAUUGUUGGGCGAAGGGGCCCGUAGUCAUCGAUGACAACAAACCCUGCAGGAUAAAGAACGCACCUGCAGAUGAGAACGAAGUCGCCGGCGUUACGGGGUUAGACCUAGGGACCCUGGUGCCACGGAUUCUAGCCGUUAAGGUAUUUGAGUCCGAGACAGCCUAUCGCGAAGAGGUAGCUGAAUCUAUUGUCGAACUCUUGCUGCAGGUUCAGAAUAGGGACGCUGGCACGUCUGAACUUCGCAGAAGACUAGAGGUGGGUGACGCUAGCGUAGGUGAUCGUUCGACCUGGGCAGUAGACAAAGAUGGCCUGCUCAGGAAAGAUGGUAAAGUCUACGUACCGCAAGACAAGGCCGUAAGGCAUGAAAUAAUGAAAAUGAACCACGAUGAUCCCCAAGGUGGCCAUUUUGGACGUGACAAAACCAUCGAAGCGAUCAAACGCAAGUACUCGUGGCAUGGUAUGAGCGAUGAGAUUGCAGAAUAUGUGAGGACCUGCGAUGUUUGCCGACGCGUCAAGAUACCGCGGCAUAAGCCGUACGGGUUGCUACAACCACAUCCAGUGCCAGAUAAGAAAUGGCAUACAAUCAGUAUGGACUUUAUUGAAGGCCUACCAGAUAAUAAGAAGGGAAGUCAAACUUACAAUGCUAUUGUCAUAUUUGUUGAUUUGUUCACUAAAUGGGCCAUAAUUGUACCCACAUCUUCAAAGCUAGAUGCGGAAGGACUCGCGGACAUUAUUGUAUGGAAGCUUGCGAAGAACUUUGGCCUACCUGCGAACAUUAUUAGCGACCGAGAUUCAUUAAUAAACAGCAAGUUCUGGUCAACAUUAUGUUACUUACUCCAUGUCCGACGAAAAUUAUCAACAGCCUUCCAUCCGCAAACCGACGGCCAAACGGAACGAUUGAACCAGGUGAUUGAACAUUAUCUUCGCACAUAUUGCAGCUACCAGCAGGAUAACUGGAUAGAGUGGAUUCCCCUGGCGCAAUGGGCAUAUAAUAACGCCUUCCACGCAUCGAUAAAAAUGACACCAUCUGAAGCGAUGAUCGGCCGACCAACUGAACUUCGUAUAGACGUGGAACCCCCAAGCACGGGCGCGUCAAAGUCGGCGAUAGAACAAGUGGAACGGAUGAAGCAAGCAGAAAACAGGAUCCGAGAAUGCCUAGAAGCUGCCAAAGCAGCUGAGAAAAAGUAUUAUGAUCAGCGCCACAUACCAAAAAGCUUUAAGAUAGGGGACUGGGUAAUGCUGCGUGCAAAAAAUAUAUCCACCUUGCGACCUUCACCCAAACUAGAUCAUCGAUUUUUGGGUCCCUUCCAAAUAAUUGAUAUACGCGGAGGAAUGGGAAGUUGA